AUCCGACGCUAGUCAGUCGGCGGUCUAUCUCAACCAACAUCGCUACCGAGAAAGGUACUUAUUGUUGCCUGUGUCGUUAUCACCGAUAAAUUAUCGAUACCUAGGAUUUUUUUUUCGAUUUAUUUUCCCGCGACGAUUUUCGUUUGAAAAAUUAUCAUGUUCGAGUAAAUUUUUUUUUCGAAAAAUAAAAUCCCCUCCAAAGAACAAGAUUGCAAUCAUCAUUCCUCUUAAAAUCUUGAAGAAUAUUCCCAAAACACCAUGCCUAUGUCGGUUAUAUGAUUUCACCCAUAUUGGUCGAUUUGCUAACAAAUCAGACUGGCCAAUUUGAAACGCAUUUGGUUGGUGCGACGAGAGACUCACUGAUAAUUAGAUAUGCCUGUUGGUGACUCCUGUUCGGAUGUAACUCCAUGUUACGCGAUCAACAUCUCGUUAUCGCCGACCGGCGAGGCCUACAUCCCAUUUAAGAAUCGGCUGGAGACAUACGUCGUACCGAUUAUCUUCGCCAUGAUAUUCUUGGUCGGUGUUUUAGGCAAUGGUACGUUGAUAUUAAUAUUCAUGCGCCACCGUAACAUGCGGAAUGUACCCAACACGUAUAUCAUUAGCUUGGCGUUGGGAGAUCUGCUGUUAAUUCUGACGAGUGUACCUUUCACGUCAACUGUGUACACGUUUGACUCUUGGCCAUACGGCGAAACCAUAUGCAAGAUAUCCGAGGCAACUAAAGAUAUCUCGGUCGGAGUAUCGGUAUUCACGUUAACAGCUUUGAGCGCCGAAAGAUACUGUGCGAUAUCGAAUCCAAUCCGUCGACGUAUUUCAUCGAAACCAUUCACUUUGGUAAUAGCCAUUGCGAUUUGGCUCCUAGCCGGAUUAUUAGCGAUGCCUUCGGCCUUCUUUUCAAAUCUAGAAACCACCAAGUUAGUGGACAAUCACGAGAUCGAGUACUGUUUCCCAUACCCGGAAGAAUUCGGUGAAAAGUACCGCAAAGGGGUUGUGCUGUUUAAAUUCCUAGCUUAUUACGCCGUGCCACUUUGUAUAAUAGCGUGCUUCUACAUCCUGAUGGCCAAACACUUGGAAAUGACCACUCGAAAUAUGCCCGGUGAAAUGCAGGGCCAGUCGUCGCAGAUUCGAGCUCGUAAAAAAGUCGCCAAAAUGGUACUCUCGUUUGUAAUCAUGUUUAUGAUAUGCUUCCUGCCGCAUCACGUAUUCAUGCUGUGGUUCCACUUCUAUCCCACUUCCCAGGAGGAUUUCGACGAAUUUUGGAAUACGUUCCGUAUCGCGGCGUUUUGCUUGAGUUUCAUCAACUCCUGCAUUAACCCGAUCGCUUUAUAUUUCAUCAGCGGCGUAUUUCGCAAAUACUUCAACAGGUAUUUGUUCGUAUGCUGUAAAACACCUCGUCAAAAUUCUGAUAACAUAUCCACGCGAGCUAAUAGUUUAUCGUGUCGCAGACAUAAUUCCGUGUUAACACACCAAAUCACUUUGACAAACACUGAUGCCUCUUGACGGUUAGCAAUAGUAAACGAUGGCUUUGACUCUACCAAAUUGUAACUCGUACCUACCCGUCUCUAUUUUCUAGUCAACGUGUAUCAAAUCUGUCAUUAUUUCAGAGCGAGAGUCACAUUUUAAAAUUACAUCGAGUUCCAUUUUCCAUUCCUUCGUACAGGCUAAAAGAUUUCCCUCGCAAGCCAUUAUUUCGCUCAAAUGUACGCAUUUCAACCUCCAACAAAAAUAUUAUACAGGCCUACACUGACACAAAAGCUCGAAUAAUUUCAUUUAUUUACAAAUGUCUGAUCUCUCGAUGCGUAAGCUUAUUUCAAAAAUAGGCUACGCAACAAACAAGUAUUAUGGUAGAAUGAUACGAGUAUUUGUGUGCAUGUAGACGUAGAGUAACUCAUCUCUUUCUGGCACUUAGUCGCGGUGACGUAUUUUACGCGCAUUAUCCCCUGUCACCCGUUCUCCAUUUAUUGCAGAUGGCAAAAAAGAUGUUAAUCUUUUCAGUCUGCGAACGAAGCGAAAAAAAAUUGAAAUUUUAACCUCCACAACCGCAAACGUAAAUGGAAUUUCGAUUUAAUACAUACAAAAACAUUUGGGUAGGUACGCAUACCUACUUACCCUUCUGUGUAAAAUGGUACACGAGGUUUAGUAUAGUAGGUACAUACAUCUAUCUACCCUUCUAGUACGAUGAGGUACAGUGGACUCUUACUCUGUGGAAUACACGAUAAAAAAAAAAGUUACUUUAAUUUUUUCAGUUUUGUUACAAAAAUUCCUAAAACAUACCAUUUUUAUUGUAUAAGAAUUAAAUGUUAAGAAUUUUUAUUUUGUACAGAAGUAAAGACCUCUUUUUUUGGUAAAUGUUGUAAAUUAAAUUGUAAAUAUGCGAUUAUUAACAAACGAACCUUUUGUCUGUAUUUAUCUAUGUGAAUCAUGUAUACGAAUCGUUUUAUACUCAUAAUAUCUCGAAUAUAUUUUUCUAGUAAU